AUGAACAUCAGGAAAAGGGUCAAGAUUAACGUUCAAUCUUCAGCUGAAACGGGUACCAUCGAUGCAAAGAGGCUGAACAAGGUGAGGCUGAGUCUAUUCCGGGAUGAUGACGAUGAUGACGACUUGAAAGAUGCCCCCACGAGAGUGUUGAAGAAGAAAAGGGAUCAGCAGCCAAGCGAGAUCGCAGCUCCAGAGGAGUCUCAUAUCAGCUACAAUGAUCUAUUCAGUCGGAAGAGCGCUUCUAAACCCAGUUUCGAACGGGUCCUGAAUCUCGAAGACAUGGCCGAGGAAGAUGACAGUGAGCCUGCCGCCGUCGCUUGCAUGGAGGAGACUGAGCUACGACACAGCAGGAACCAGGACGACGAGAAGGUUUAUGUUUCCUUGCUGGACAAGGAGGACAAAUUGGAGAUUAUUGACACCAUGAAGCGACAAGGCGGACCUGAAGAGCAAGAUGAGCUUGACGAGCAUGAGCUUGAGCUUCUCGAUGAUGGUACGCUGCCGCUAAGCAGCAGAGAGCUUUUACUGAGCAGAAGCCGAAAGAAGCAGGCGAUCGAAGAAGCCAUAAGAAUGCAGGACGAAGAAGGAUCAGCUACUUGGGAAACGCGAAUGCUGAGCAAAGGUACUGGUGAUUCUCGCCAUUCUGCCGUGAUCGCGGCGCUUCCAAGACUUUACUCAUCAGAUUCAAGCGAUGACGACGAAUCCGACGUGGUUGGACUCUCACAAGCCAUAGCGUCGAUCGCGUUGCGCAAGCGCCAGCUCGAGAAGCAGCUUAUAGCUCUGAAAGCUCAAAAAGCAAGUCUUCAACAGCAGCAAGCUACAUUGAUUCAUAGAUUAGAUCAAUGGCCUCAGAUCUGA